CAAGAACGUUAUCAUUUCGUCAUCUUUUCACAAAACAAAAUCAAAACCCUGAGCAAACUUCAACUCCCAAUGUAAGGUCGUGAACUUCUGUUCAUGAGAUAAGAAAGAAAGAGAGAGACAAUCAAGUGUCUGCCUGGCCCUGUUGUUAAUGUUUAAUGCUAGUAGUAUAGUUUUGCAUUUGUGAUGGGAUCCUGUUUUCUCGCAUCAACAUAACUCUCUAAUAUCUCUUCAUUUUGGUCAUUGCAUAUGCCCCUCUCAGCCUCUCUCUAGUCUCUAAUACUAAUACUAGUUCAGCUUUUUGAAGUUUAUAAGGUUGAUUCUGCUUUUGCUUUUUCCUACUUGUCUUUAUCACUCUGAGAUAGAGUCAUAGUCUUUUUCUUUUCUUUUUAUUUCCUUCCUCAAAACCCAACUUUUCCUUUGUUUCUCUUUUGUCUACUGCUCUUCUACCAAUCCAACACUAUGGGCAGAGAAAGCAAGUAUAGAGUUUUAGGUGGUGGGAGUAACUCUAAUAAGAGUAGUAGUAAUCAAAAGCAGCAGCAGAAAUUAUCAUCAUCAUCAUCAUCAUCAACGACUAAUGCUAAGACUACUGAAAGGCAGAGUACUAAAAAAUCAUCAUCAUCAGCAGCAGCAUCAUUUCUAGAAAGCAGUAGUAGUAAUAGUGCUGGUGUUCCUUUAGGUUGUAUGAGUGGUGUUUUUAAUUUGUUUGAUUUUCAGUUUUCUUCGUUUAAUCAUCAAAUGUGUUUCAAACCCAACAACACUGUCUCCCGACAUGAACAUGAAGAUAAACCUCAAAAACCCAUUCAAGGUGUUGAAGCACCGAGGAAUAGUUUGGAAUCAGAUAAUGAAACAUUCAUUUCUUCUUCAUCAGAAAUGAAAGAAGAAGAUUUUGGUUUCCCGAAUAUUGGAAUUCGGGUACAUACGAAAGUUGGUAGAAAAGAAGGACAUUCAGAGUUUUCAUCUUCAGAAUCGAGUAAUUCCCCGUGCAUUAAAACUCCAAGUCUGGUAGCAAGAUUAAUGGGUUUAGAUAGUCCAUUACCUGAUCAAUCACCAACACCACCAUCAUCAACCUCUUCAAUCCCCGGAAAAACAAUCAAAACUCAUCGCCGUUAUCAAUACCUACAAGAAUCCAUCAAUGCAAGAGGAGGAGGAGGAAGAGGAUUUGAUUCCAGAUCCUUACCUGAUGAUACACCAAGAAUUUCAUCAGCAAGAAAAUCAGAUGUUUAUUUUGAUCCAAGUAGACUUUCAUUACAAAUUAAUAAAGAAAAUGAUCAGGAAUCUGAUUAUUUCAGUAGUAGAUCAUCAAUUGAUUCAGUUGCUUCGUUGAAUUCUUUGAUUCUGAAGAAGAAAUUAGCAGCGAGAAAACGAGGAGAAUCGAAUGAAACAGAGAAUGUUACAAGGAGUCCUAGUCAUUAUGCCAGACAGAUUGUUAAACAAGUUAAAGAAAGUGUUAGCAGAAAAAUGGGAAGAGACAUCACAAAUAUCACCACCAGUAACGUUUCCACCACCACCAGGAAAUCCUCCGUCGAACCAGAGUUAGUUACCGUUAUCAAACCGAAAAGGCCGAGCAGCCGCUUAAACAGAAAUGGUGGUGGUGGUAAUGAUCAAGAUUUAAUAUCAUCGUCGUGUUCACCUCGUCUUCGAUUUCUGGAAACUAAGAAUGUUAACAACAGCAAAUCAGUUGUUUCUUCUAAUUCUUCUUCAACGACACCAGGAGCAGCCUCUGUUUUUCGGCAAGAUCAGUACGAUUCGAUAAAAGAUUCUCCGCGACUCGUAGUAUCAAAAGCAAGCUCAAUUUCAUCUCCAAAACCGUUACCAUUACCAUCACCACCAUUACCAAAACCGACGACCAUUACAGCAUCCAGACAUUCUUCGAAACCAAAAUUACCUCAACAUCAAACAAUGGAGAAAUGCAAGAAAGCAAGUUGCGAAAGAUUUACACAGCGGAAAGAAAAAUCUCCACUACCAACUAAUAAAUCAAGUUUGAAUUUAUCAGCUCAUAAGAAAUGCAAGAAAUCUUUAUCUCCAUCUCCGUCUCCGUCUUCGCCAUUGGCCGAAGAUGAGAAAAACAUCGUAAUUUCAACAAAAUCAGUGAUACAUUCCAAUUCUACUUCGUUUCUAGUGCGGUACGACAAUCAUCGGCAACGAGAAGAUAAACUCAGCGCAGAAUUCCGGUACGUAAGCCGUAUAUUAAAAUGUACGGGUAUUGAACCCGACACGGUAGUUUCUAUAACUCGUUGGUUUUCACCUUCACAUCCACUUGAUCCAUCAAUGUUCAAUCAUCUCGAAGAUUUCUACAACAGUACUAGUAGUAGUACUAAUGGGCAUCAUCAGAACCGGUCGAACCGUAGAUUACUUUUCAAUCUAGUCGAUGAAAUUCUAGUCGGCAUUUUGAGAUCGUACCUAAAUAUGAAGCCAUGGAUGAACACCACAAUGAACAAUUAUUUGAUAAAGAAGAAGAAAUUAAUGAGAGGAGAUCAACUUCUGAAGGAAAUUUGCAAGCAAAUCGAGAAAUCUCCUUGUGCUAAUUGUUUGAUCCUUCAAGAUAUUGAUGCGUUAAUUGAGAAGGAUUUACCUCACAAUGCGAAUUUACGCACUGUGCCGGUUCUGGAAGAAGGGGAAUCGAUUGUUUGUGAAAUCGAGCGAGAUAUUCUUGACUCGCUCGUUCAUGAACUCGCUCUCAUGGCUUUUCAUGGUUAACUCAGUUCGUUAACUCGGGUUUUUUGAAAUUAAAUUCUGGUGACGUCAGAUUCCAAACGGUUUUUUUCCGUACAGAAACGGCGCAAUACCGAACCACGUGACCAGAUGCUGUUAGAGAGUUCGUGGGGCCCAAGAGAGUACAGUUGACGCCUCAGAUUCGACCACGUCGUGUGUAAGAUGAGAUCAGCAACAGGGAAUCUUCUUUGUGUAUCUCGAUGCAAUUUAAGGUAUAUGUGAGAAUUAUUCUUUGCCGUUGGAUUAAAACCUCUCGUUAAUCAGAUGGUAAAUAUAGUUACAUACAGAGUUCAGAAACAGAGAAAUAAGAUAAGGGUUGCAAUUAAGAGCUGCAGAAGAGUAUAAAAUAAAUAGUGAUCUUUCCCAAGAAGAAUCUGGUCAGUUUUUAUUGGAGAAAAAACAAACGGUUCAGAUUGAUUCAUUUGAUGCGAGAUCCUCUUGAUCUUACGUUCAUAGGAAUGUGUACAUAAUUCCGUUGUAGUAGCGGGAAAAAUUCAAAAAAUGUGUGUUUUGUUGUUUUUCCAUGUAAAUACUUGUUUUUUCUGUUUUUGCUAGGGAUAACAUAUUUUUGGUUUUUCAGUUGGUGUCACGUGUUUAUGUUUUUUUGGCUAUUUGAUUUGUUGAAGAUCUCGAAAACAUGGAGUCAUCGAAUGGAUGGUGUGAAGCAGUUAAAGUGAGAUGGUAGUUUGGAUGGUAUCUUUUAAGGUUUUGUGUUUGUGUGUAAAUUCUUGUACUUUUACUGUUAAAACUUAUGCAGGUGGGUCUCGAGAGAGUCGAAUCUUCUUUG